GUACAUGAUUUUUAUCAUUAACAAGAACAAGAAACAGAGGCGAGCAAAAAAGGAAGAAGCAGAGAGAUGGCAUUGACGGUGGUGAAGGGAGCAUUGAAGUCGAUCAGAGAGAAAGGAUUCGGAGCUUUCUUACGCGAGCUCAAAGAAGAAGGCUACCUGAAUGCUCUUGCCGAUGGAAAUCUUUUGCAAACCAAAAUACACAACAUUGGUGCAAAGCUUGUUGGUGUUGACAAAUUUGGUAACAAGUAUUAUCAGAAUCUCGAAACCAUACAUGGAAGGCACCGGUGGGUUGAAUACGCUGAGAAGAGUCGCUACAAUGCUUCUCAAGUACCACCAGAAUGGCAUGGUUGGCUUCACUUCAUAACUGAUCAUACUGGGGAUGAGCUUCUGAUGUUGAAACCAAAGAGGUACAGUAUUGAGCACAAGGAAAAUCUCUCUGGAGAGGGAGAGGAGUACAUAUACCAUUCUAAAGGACACACCCUCAAUCCUGGGCAGAAAGACUGGACCAGAUACCAAUCUUGGCAACCCACUAAGACCGAGUAAUCCCUUGAGUCCCACCAAUUUCAUGAUAUUCAGAACCAAUUUGAUUGAAUAAAUGUUGUAUACGUUGUUUGAGCCUCGAAGUUUUGAUUUGUUCGCUUCACCGCAAGAGCCUUGAACAAAGCAAGUUUUAAUAAUUUUAUGGAUGAUAUUCAGUUUGAAUCA